AUGAAGAUGGACGAAUGCUAAUAUCCUAUUUCGCACGUGAAUAGUUAUUUUUUUAUUUACCUAUAUAAAUUAAACAGACCACCGUCAAACUGGGUGCCAAAACGGUCGAAAGGUUCCUGAGCCUGGCGGACGGUAAUUUCGUUGACGAUGUCAACGACGACCUGAAAUGUUUUGUAGCCGAACAAAAUGUUGACAGCGUACUGGUUUUUCCACCAGUGAGCAAUUACCGGCGGUUCCUCAUCCACCGUUGUGUUGAGGAGUACUCUCAUCCAGAUCUCACCACAUUCUCCAUUGGUGUAAGCGACGAACGACGGACCAUUGUCUGCUAUCGGGAUAGGCUACUGAGUGAUGAAGCUUGUGCUCGUCCAAUCAUGGGACUGACACACACGGACCGCGAGGAUGCGAACAUAUCGCUAUCUGAAUCGGCGGCCGCGGUGGGAGGUUGCAAGCCGGCGGCGCAAGCGCAGCGACGCACGCAGCCUCAGGAAAAGAUCAGAUCUGGUUCUACUAAGCCCCGGCGUCCUGACCGUGCGGUUUAUGUACCGAGAGCUUUACGAGCAGCAGAAAAUAUACCAGCAGAAGAUUCCAAACAAGAGACUGACCAUAGACGAACGAGCCAUAGUGCAGACGGACCCAAGUGUCCGAAAUCGCCAGCGGCAAAAGAGAAGUUCUCGCAUGGCACUCCAAGGAAGUCUCUAGACAAAAACUUUUGCAAUGUGUACACACCACCUCAUCUCAGGAAUCAAAGAUCUCAUACAGCUCCAAGCAUAGACCAACCGACGGCGAGCGAUACAAACGAAUCUGUGCCUUCAGCUUGCCAAGUGCCAAAUAGUGAUAGUGCAAUACCUUUUAGUGAUAAUAGUUAUAACGAAGUAGUAGUAGGAGAAAAUUUUUAUAUACGUGAUUACUUUGCGAAUGGCCAGCUAGGUUUCUACAGUCCAUAUUAUAGUGAGUAUUCGGAAGACUAUAUUGACAACGACUGGAGACCAAAUGAGCCGGACGAAACAAUGGCCGUGAACGAAGGGAAUCAAAGCAAUAUUAUUGAUAAAGAUUAUUUAUAUAGUAAAGACGAGGACGUCGAGAAAAAUGAAUUGAAACGGGCCUCGCAGGAGAUAAAUAGAAGCAGCAAGAGAAUAAUCAAACAGAGUUUUCAUUCUGAUGUCCUAGUCAUAUCUGAUCCUGUUGAGGAGUCUAAAAUUGAUAAAAAUGAAACAGUCUAUGUGGCAGAUAUCAAAGAGCCCGAGCCGAAGAAAUUAAAGCCCAAACUAGAAGCUAAGGUGUCUUUGAAACGUGAGGAGAACGAUUGGGAUGCAGUUUAUGAUGACAGCGGAGAAUGUUUGGACCCGUCUUUUCUGGAGGAGUUAACGUCAACGGUUGGGAAGGUGCAUAUAAGUAAAGCGAAGAAUAACUACGAACAGUACCAGACGAAGGGGCAGACGUUAUUCAAUGGGCCGAUAGAUGAGACGUUCGCUCAUGUUGUGGAGGUGUAUGACUUCCCAAGCGAGUUCAAGACGAAUGAUCUUCUAUCGGUGUUCAGCGAUUAUAAGGACACGGGUUUCGAGAUAAAGUGGGUGGACGACACACACGCGUUGAUAGUCUUCAGCAGUGCCAAAAUUGCUGCAGAGGUGUUAUCAUCACAGAGACAACUGGUGAGGUGUCGACCACUGCACGCCGCUACACUCGAGUCCAGGAAUAAAGCGAAGAAAUGUGCGGAGUAUCUACAACCGUACAGACAACGUCCGGAGACGUGCACUGCGCUGGCCCGGCGGCUGGUGACAGGGGCGCUGGGUGUACGGCUGAGUACAGCGCAGCAGGAGCGAGACGAAGAAAGGAGACUCAUCACUCGUGCACGAGAGAAGAAACGCCAAGAGGCACUGCACAGGGAAGCGGCAUGGGAAGGCUCGCUCGCCAACCAGUCGCUCGAUGCGUGAGGUGCAGUCACCAAUUGGUAGUAUUAUAAGAUACCGCACCGAUCAUCCUAAGGUUACGUUAGUAUAGAAUUGCUCUCAAAAUUGUAUUGUUUACGUAAAAUGUUACAAUAGUAGGAAUAAUGCGUAAACACUUUUGUACCUUGUCAUUUGUUAACAAUAUAUAGGUAAUAUGUAGAAAUUUCUCUGUAAGAUGUGUUAUGGUUUAAGAAAAUCUGACAUCUCAGUCCUCUGGAAUGGCAACGCAUGGGAGAUACCAACAGGGUCAUGACAUCUUAGUCCUCUGGAAUACCAACGCAUGAGUGAUACCAAUGGAUUCAUGACAUCUCAGUGCUCUGGAAUGGCAACGCCUGAGUUAUACCACGGGCGUCACAUGAUGAUAUGAUAUCAGAUGGUUAUUACAUAUAAUCAGGUAGGACCGUUAGCUAGUUUACCAUUCCAGUCGUAGAUUCGAUUCUCACACAAUGCAAUAUCCAUAAACAUGUCAGACAUGUAUACAUGUAUAUUUUGUACGUAUUUACAAGACACAAAUGUAUUUAUAUAUAUACCUAUUUGUACUCGUAUUAUAAAUUUACUUAGUUGCGCUCUAUAUGGCGCUGCUUGCUAUGACAAGGUACUAUAGUGUUUACAUAUUAUUACUAACUAAUCUAAACAUAGUUAUUUUUGUAAACGAAACGAAACCGUAGCAUAGACUUACGCUCAAGGGGUUUCAGUCCUUAUACCAAUGUGUCAUAAAGUAAGUUUUCGAUUAGUUAUAAUUAUCUUCGUUUUAGUAUAAUUUUCUCUUGUGAUUUUACUCGUGAGCUUCCCAUGUGACUGAUUUUGUUUGUGAAUUAAAUUACUUAUGUACUUUUAGUGAAAGCAGCAUAAUAACAUUUUUAAUAUUAUAUAAACAAUUUUAAUUAAUAUAAAUAUGCAUAAUGUACUGUAAUAAAAUUAUAUAUUAUUUACACAUGACUACCCUCGAAUAUGCAUGGCUGUAUGAUCGAUAAGCAGGCAUCACUCCCUUAACGUGUUGUAAAACUUCGAGUUUAGUGUACUAGGGUUUAAAAGGACUUGUAUCCAGAGCUGUAAAACGUAAUAAAUAAAAAAAAUAUUAUUUUCUUAAGAAUACAGUUUACCAGUGGUAGACUUUGUAUAAAGUCGAAUGCUCUGUUCUGUCUCAGCCAUUUAAGCUAGCCACAAAAAUAAGUUUAUUUUUGUGAGCUGUAUUUCGGUUGCAGGUUGAGAUAUAACAGAGGAAUUACAGAGUAUAAAAGGUAUCUUAGUCCUAUAGAAUGGCAACGCUUUCAGUAAUAUAGUAAUGUAACACACAGGUAUUACAUGAUGAUAUGAUUACCGUGGCGCGCUGUUAGUUUGUUUGCCAUUCCAGCUACAUUUAAUAAAACAAUGUUGCCAACUUAGAGUGUUUUGCCCAGAUUUAGGGUAAAAACAAUGUCAAAUGCAAGUAGAAAAUGUCAUAUAUAGAUUGUGACAUAACAUAAGCAUGUAUACAGUAAUAUAUAUUGUAACAUUUCUUUUUGUAUACUCAUUGCAAUUGACUCUGUAUAAUGAGAUCUCUUCAUUUCGUUAAAUAAGAUGAAAUCGCUCAUAAACUAAUUUAUUUUAGUAUUUAAACACCAAAUAUUAGAUUUUUUUAUGAUUAUAUAGUUUAUUAACUUUCUAAGUAGUGUAUUUACAAUGAUGUUUUAAUUGUCAGAAAAGAAUAGAAUGAUUUGUUGAAACAACAAACAUAUUUUGUUGAAAUGGCAGUUAAAGUAAAGAACUGGUAACAUUUACAAUUCCUAUUAGUUCUUUAUUAGCGCUCAUGUAAGAUGGCAAUCGCUUACCCUCAGGUGAGCCUUAUGGCUAUAUCCUAUAUGGGUUCUUAUAUCAUAAUUAUAGUAACAGCACCAUAAGCAAUAGUAAUAGUAAGAUACGUUUUUAUCUAUGAAUUUAAUUAUUAUUCUGUAUUAAGUCUUUAAAAGAAUUAUUAUUCCUAACUCUGCUGAAAGUAUACUCAGAAUUGUCAGCAGAUUUGAGAAAGGUUUUGAUAAGUGUCCUUAAUAUACCUGUAUGGUGUUCACUGUUCUGGUUUGUAUGAAUUUGGUACAGGAAUA